AGUUUGGUACUCAGUCAUCAUCACAGCUUAAGAUGAGCUGUGAGGAAGGCAUUAUGGGUGGUGAUAAGUACAGAGCUUCGUUGCAUUUGGAGGGUCCUACAGUUGAAUGGAGGAUGGGAAAGCCCCCAAAUUAUGAAGCUGUGAACAAGCUGUUUGAAGAUGGAAGAACAAAGGUGUGGCCAAAAGGAUCUGUGGAAGAACAAGUGCAGAAUAUUAUAAAAUCAUUGCAAAUGGAGUUUGCUUACAAGACUAGACCACAAGAUUUCAAGAACAUAAACCUUCACAAUUUCUUAUGUUCUAUCAAUGGAAGAACAGUCUCAUGUGAAGAAGCAUUGAAGCUUGGAAGCUUCAACACAUUUAUGAAGAAUCCUUUACCACAGGAAUUCCAUUACUUCAAACCACAAGAAGAGACAUCUGAGUCGACUCAUAAUGACUUCAAGACAUGUUUUCCAAGAGGGUUUGCAUGGGAAGUCAUAGAGGUUUAUUCUCCUCCUCCUUUGAUUGCCUACAAAUUUAGGCAUUGGGGUUUCUUUGAAGGACCUUACAAAUCCCAUUCCCCAACCGGCGAAAUGGUCGAAUUCUUCGGCAUGGGAAUUCUCAAGGUGGAUUCAUCAUGGAAGAUUGAAGAAGGUCAUGUGUUCUUUGAUCCAGCUGAGCUAUUUGGAGGUCUUUUGAAGGGCAAAAAAACAGCUGAUUCGUCUGCCUCUGCCUGUCCACUCUUUGAUCAGCUGAAGUAGUUCCACAAACACUGAAAUGAAUAAAAAUGUGUGUCUCAGACAUUCACACCACUAUCCAUUAGUUCUAAUCUUGUUUGUUUGUAGUUCUUACGUUGUUGUUAUGUUUGUUCGUUGUAUCGUUUAUGUCGGUGUCUAUUAAAUAUGAAUGAUAAUAAGUGUGGUUUGCAUAUGAUA